AAAAAAACCCUUUCUCGGUGGACAGAAAAGUUUAUACCCCUUUCUUGUUCCCUUUCUAAUAGUUUCUAUCACUUUUUGAUUUCUGCGACGGAUUUGGAACCGGGAAGUUCGAAUUCUGUGAAGAAAAAUGCCGGUAGCGAGACCGGAGACAUCGGAUGCUAGAGUUAUCGCUCAUGUCGACAUGGAUUGCUUCUACGUUCAAGUGGAGCAACGGAGGCAACCGGAGCUACGGGGACUUCCUACUGCAGUUGUACAGUACAACGAAUGGCAAGGCGGUGGUUUGAUUGCUGUUAGCUACGAAGCUCGUAAAUGCGGCGUAAAGCGGUCGAUGAGAGGUGAUGAGGCUAAAGCUGCUUGCCCUGAGAUUCAACUCGUUCAAGUUCCCGUGGCUCGUGGUAAAGCUGACCUCAAUACAUAUCGUAGUGCCGGUUCAGAGGUGGUUUCGAUUCUAGCUCAAAGCGGUAGAUGUGAGAGGGCUUCGAUUGAUGAAGUGUAUCUUGACCUCACCGAUGCAGCAGAGAGCAUGCUCGCCGAUGCGCCUCCAGAGAGUUUGGAGUCUAUAGACGAAGAAGCUCUUAAAUCCCAUAUUCUUGGAAUGAGCAGAGAGGAUGGAGAUGAUUUUAAGGAGAGUGUUCGUGAGUGGAUAUGUCGAAAAGAUGCUGAUCGGCGUGAUAAGUUAUUGGGAUGCGGAAUGAUCAUUGUUGCAGAACUCCGGAAACAAGUGCUUAAGGAGACUGAGUUUAGUUGUUCUGCUGCGAGUAACAACACAGAACUUAACAAGCAGAUGCUAGCCAAACUCUCUAGUGGAAUGAACAAACCUGCCCAGCAAACAGUUGUGCCAUAUUCAGCUGUACAGGAGUUACUCAGUUCCUUGCCAAUAAAGAAAAUGUACGUAAGGAAACAAUUGGGAGGAAAGCUGGGCACUAGCUUGCAAACUGACUUGGGAGUUGACACAGUGGGAGACUUGUUGCAGUUUUCUGAAACAAAGCUGCAAGAACAUUACGGCGUAAAUACUGGUACUUGGUUAUGGAAUAUCUCAAGAGGGAUCAGUGGAGAAGAAGUGCAAGGCCGUCUUCUCCCCAAAAGCCAUGGUUCUGGAAAGACAUUUCCCGGACCUCGUGCUUUGAAGUCACUCUCAACUGUUCAGCAUUGGCUGAACUCGCUUUCAGAAGAACUAAGCGAGCGUCUCAGUUCUGACGUGGAGCAGAAUAAGCGGAUGGCAAGCACCCUUACCCUUCAUGCUAGCGCUUUCAGAUCAAAGGAUUCAGAUUCUCACAAGAAAUUUCCAUCAAAAUCAUGUCCACUGAGAUAUGGAGUAGCCAAGAUCCAAGAAGAUGCGUUUAACUUGUUCCAAGCCGCGUUGCGUGAGUACAUGGGAACUUUCGGGAUGAAACCUCAAGGGAAUAAGCAAGAGACUUGGAGAAUAACAGGUCUUUCUGUUUCAGCAAGUAAAAUUGUGGAUAUACCAUCUGGAACAAGCUCGAUAAUGAGAUAUUUUCAAAGUCAAUCUACUGUUCCUUCUUGUGCAGCAGAUGGUUGUGUUCAAGAACAUGUAGCGAUGACUCCCUCGGCUAGUGAAGGUUGUUCAGAACAGAGAUCAGUAGAAACCCAAGCUACAGUGCCUGAAGAAGACACCAGUGUAACUUAUACUUUACCUAAUUCCGAAAACCAAUAUAAAGACAAUGACUUAGUCUCUGAAAAGGAUGUAGUCUUUUGUCCAUCGAACAACGCAACAGAUGUACCUACACAAUCACAAUCACAAUCACAAUCAAACAAAGGGACACAGAUAAAGAAAACUGGGAGGAAGAUAAACAACUCGAAAGAACAGAAUCUGGGAAUGCCUUCAAUCGUCGACAUCUUUAAGAAUUACAACAAUGCAACUCCUCAAUCAAAGCAAGAGACUCAAGAAGAUUCCACAGUGUCCUCAUCAACCAGUAAAAGAGCCAACUUUAGUAGCAGCAGCAGCCAUUGUGGUGAAGUGAAUCAAGAUUGGGGCUAUAAGAUUGAUGAAAUCGAUCAGUCGGUUAUGGAUGAAUUACCGGUUGAGAUUCAACGAGAGCUCAGGAGUUUCAUACGACCUAAUAAGCGGUUUAAUACCGGUAAAGGUAAAAGUGAUGGUUCUGCUUCAAGCAUUGCUCACUAUUUUCAACCAUUGAACAGAUAGUUUCAGGGUCUUGUGUGUCUUGUGGUUGACUGUAAAUACUGUUUAGUCCUUGUCUUGUUAUGAGAUUUGGUCUUGUAAUUUUAUAUCUUUAGAGUUAUUAUAUUCGUUUGACCACAAAAAAAGAGUUAUUAUAUUCAAAAUAAUAAGAUUUGAUUCGUAAUAAAUUGAAAAAUUCAUGUA